AUGCCAUGCAGCCAUCGAAGCAUCUACUAAGGACACUUGCCAGCUCGUCAUCAUCACACAGGGUCCUCGCUACUCGAUCUCUACGAACUACCGGACAUCUCAGGCACUUCGCGGAAAGCGCUACUGCUGAAGCCGUCUCGGAGGGGAAUGAGGAUGCAACACAGGCGAGCGAAGGUUGGCUGUGGGUCGACUCGGUCUUUCCGGUCAGGAUAGGUAGAUUGGACCUGCGUCCAUAUAUUGGAUACGCACGGGAGGAGACGCUUCUGGAACGCCUUCGGGGCUUGCUUUCGCCUGUCAAGACGCAUGACUUCCAAGUUGUAUCGUUGGAGCCUCACGGGAAAGAUGGCGGCGUCUUCGUCAAGUUCAAGUAUAAAGCCUCGGACUCGGAAAAUGCCCUCCAAACCAUUCUGCAGAAUAUUCGGGAGAAUGUUCACUCACACGGGGGUGUACCCUCGUGGUGCGGCUUACCCGCAGGAGAAGUUUGGCUCGUGAAGGGAACUCCUUGGAGAGAGGACCUGCAAAGAUAUGCGACGUCAAUUGUCAAAGUAUCCUUUGACGGCCCCGACGUAUCUGAAGAGUCCCUAUAUGGGCUCCUACGACCAUACGGUAUGAUUAGUGAUAUCACUCCUCCCUCUCCAGCCCCUGCAGGGAUCCUGAGGGCAGCAACUGUGUCCUUCCGAAACUUGCGUGCUGCCACAACUGCUCGGAAUACAAUUCACUCUGCGAAAGUUCCAUCGUCUACGUCUGGACAGUCAAUAACGACCCUAAGGACGUCCUACCACCAACCAAUAGCUGCACAUGCUGUCCGAGAUUAUAUAGCCGGACACCCCAAGCUGUUCCUGCCUGUGCUAUUUUUCCUGAUAGGCACUGUGACUUACACGAUAUUCGAUCCGAUUCGCGUCGUUAUGGUAGAAGGCAAGAUGGAAGAUUGGUUUGACUUCAAGAAGUUCGCUAUCUACAAAUGGCUACGAGAGAAUACCGUCGAUAGGUUCUCAUUUGCCGCCGAUUUGGAAGGAUCAUCACUAGCUUCUCCGGGGGUGUGGAAGGAGCGCCAGGAAGCAGAAGAUGCUUUGCAGAAGUACCUUACAGACUUCCCGAGCACAAUAUGUUUCGUCCAUGGUCCUCAGGGAAGUGGUAAGAGCCGAAUGCUGAACAGCAUCCUCAAGGAGCGAGGACGGAAGGCCAUGAUCAUCGAUGUUGGCGUUCUCACCAAGGCCGGCACCGAUAUGGCUCUUGUAUCGGGCCUCGCAUCACAGACGGGUUACUGGCCGGUAUUCUCCUUCCUCAACUCCGUAAACUCCAUCAUCGACCUUGCGAGUGUUGGUUUGAUCGGCCAGAAAGCGGGCCUCAGUUCAUCGCUAAACGACCAGCUGAAGCAAAUACUGGACGUGGUCGGCCGCGGCCUCUCCCGAGUCAACUCCUCCCACCGUACCCGACACGACCGCGAAAUCAAGCAGGCGGGACUGAAAGAGGAACGAAGCAAGGAGAACGACAUCCGUCGGGAGAAGAUCGAAGCGGGUCUCUGGCAUGACGGGCGUAUCGACGUCGUCUGCGGGAACGGCAUCAUGAGCGAGCUCGGCGUAGGCAUCGAACGCUUCACGGAAGCCGAUGCCGACCCACCGCGCGUCGUCGCUGCUGAGACCGAGGUAUUCAACGAGAAAGGCGAGAAGGUGGAGAACAGGCCAAGCGGGGACAGGCAGGCCGAACAGGCAAAGCAAAGGCAAGAGCAUGCGGAGGACCUGCAGAGCGUGGAAGCUAUGCCUGUCGUGAUCAUCAAGAACUUCGACUCGAAGGGCGGCGGAGCCCGCAAAGAGGAGCUGCUCGAGGUCCUAGCGCAAUGGGCCGCGUCUCUUGCUGAGGGUCAGGUCGCACACAUCAUCGUGGUCAGCGACAACCGCGAGAACGUCAAGCGCCUGGCCAAAGCUUUGCCGUCGAAGCCGCUGAACCAGAUCUCGCUUUCCGAUGCCGACAAUGCCAGCGCGAUGUCGUUCGUCAAGCAGAAGCUGCAUGAUAGUGGAGUAGACAUCAACUUCUCUCAGCAGCAGCUCGCCUACAUCGACCGUCUGGGCGGCCGUGCCAGCGACCUCGAGAGCUUGAUCCACAAGGUCCGGAGCGGCCUGACUGUCGAAGAGGCCGUGGACGACCUCGUUAUCCGCGGCGUCAGCGAGCUGCGCAAGAACGCGUUCGGGGACGACAUCGAAGAUGCGAAGAGUCUCCCGUGGACGCGCGAGCAGGCGUGGAUCCUGAUGAAGCAGCUCUCGAAGCAGCCCCAGAUCUCGUACCACGAAGUGUUGAUGGACUUCCCGUUCAAGGGCGACGAGACACCGCUGCGCAACAUGGAACAUGCUGAGCUGAUCAGUAUCGGUACCGUCAACGGGCGGCCGUCAACCAUCCGCCCGGGCAAGCCCGUAUACAAGUAUGUCUUCGAGCGCCUCGUGCACGACGCGACGUUCCAGGCGACGCAGGACAUCGCGUUCAAUGAGAAGGUGAUCGCGUCCGCGGAGACGACGGUGCGCGCGUGCGAGGACGAGCUACUCACGCUCAAGGACGUCGACGCGGGCACCGCGAGCUGGUGGGGCUCGAAGCGCGCGGUCGAGAUGCGCGCGAACCACCUCCUGCGCAAGAUGCGUGCCGCGCAGGACAAGGUCGAGGCGCUCGAGCGCCAGAACGUGCAGCUCAAGAAGGUGCUCGCGAAGACGAAGGCGUGAGCCCCGAGCCUGACUGUAUGCGAGGCGGGGCGGAAGCGUGGAUGGAGACGCUACUUACGAUAGAGGUGUGUACACGGGUUACGAGGGGGAUGCUACAAUACUAUCCUAUAGCUGCGCGCACGCCUAUCGUCUCGUGUGUAAUGUAUCACGGACAUGUAACACGCCACUCAUAUUCGAC